CUUCAGAGCGCGUGUGGUUUUUUGCGUAAAGCCAGCCUGUAGCAAAGCGCAGCGCGGAUUGGUGGGCUCUGCUCGAGCAGACUUGCAGACCACCUUGGGAUACACGAGCUAUGUGCAAGACUCCUGCAAUGACCUCUUUUACCAGUGAUGAAAGAAGACUUUGGGCGGGUUUAGGGUCGUGUUGAGCUCCUCAUCACACCUGUUUCUACAUCCCAUGAAGAAGAGCUUGAACGUGUUGCUGUGCAGAAAUACAUUAAAAUGGUCCAAAAGUGGAUGCAGACACUUGUUUUACUGUUCUUUUGUCAAGAAACUCUCCAACUGAGUUCUCUGACAGAGAAAAUGGAUGGAGAGAGGGUGGAGAUCACUUGUGCACCAGUCUCUAAGACUAAGAGCAACAUGGUGAUUUGGUUUAGAGUGCAAGACAACGCUGGAAUGGAGUUUAUUGCAUCGUUUAGUACCAAGGACGGUAUGAAGAAAACAGACUUUAACAAUGAGGUCUUCAGCGAGGAGCAGAUAAAGAAAAACAUCUUGAUACUGAAGGCUUUCAAAAAGGCUCGAGAUAGUGGCGUCUACAGCUGUGCAUCAAUCAAUGGUAACGCGCUUGUGUUUGGUGAAGUAACUCGACUUGCUGGGCCAGCCCCCAUGACAACAACAACCACGACGACUACACCAACCACGACGACUACACCAAUGACCACAACCAUAGAGCUAACCAGCUCUACAACUGCCAAGUCGUGCAAAGUGGGAAAGGUGGACCCUACUGCAUCCUGUGAUUUGAUUGUUUGGGCCCCAUUGACUGCUGGCUGUGGCUUCCUCUUCCUCCUCCUCAUCAUCACUGUAUGCCACUGCAACCGGAUAAGAACAAAAAGAUGCCCACAUCAUUACAAAAGACAGCCGAGAAUUGCAGCACCGGGGCAACAACAUCCUAUAGCCAACAACAGACUUUUCUAACCCUCAACAGACACUGAGAGAGAUGCAAGAUGGUGCGACGUCUCUACUAUCAACCAUUCAGUUUGUUAAAUUAUACAUAUUCUCCGUAACACCAUUGAAAUAGUAGAAAUAUAAGAAUUCUCGCUCUCUUCAUUUAAUCAACAUAAUAGCUUUAUGGCAGGUUUGUGUAGAUGAUUAAUGUCGUUACUCAGUCUAAUGACGAGAUAUGUAUUGCUUAUAGCUUAGUUUAAAAUUAUGUUAUGAGAUACUUCUCUCCUUAUGAAUUUCAUGGCCUUGUAAAUGAAACCAAAGACAAACGCUCUGCAGUGAAACUUCAAUAAAACCAAGGUAACAUUUUCUAACUCAAA